CCCGCCCCUCCCUUUCCAUUCGUCCUGCCUCCUCUCGCCCCCCCCCCUCCCACUUCGCCGCUCCUCCACACCCUCCUCGCCCUUCCCCCGCGCGCGAUGUCGGACACCUUCAACCCCUCGUCCAUACGCGAGGCGCUCAAGCUUCGCAAUGAGAUCCAGUGUGACCCCUUCCUCUAUGCGAUGAAGUCCGCCGAGCUGAGCCUCAGCUCCAGCUCGAAAUCAAACCAGGACAAGCAUGCCCGCCACUCGUACGAGCUUGUAGAUGCGCUUCUGCGCGUCCGCGAUCUGGAGAUCUCACUUGAGGCCGUCCGCGAGGAGAGUCGCCUGCAGCUUGCCGAGAAUGAGAAGCUGAAGAACGACUAUCACGACAUCAACAUGGCCCUGAGCAAGACCCGGGCGCAGAUCAACAUGCUGACCGAGGAUUUGACAUCCGAGCGGCUGGAGAACCAGCGCCGGGUUACGCGAGAGCAGCUUUUCGAGAAGUCCCACCGCGAGCUGUCGCAAAAGUGGCUGGCCGCAUGCAAUGAGCUGGCCGCUGUCCGAAGCGCCUCCACUAACUAUGUCUCCGAGGAGGAGCGCCGCGCUUUCAAGACCGACGGGGCCAUCAGCGAGCCGAAGCCCCCGCUCAUGAGCCUGCAGCUCCUGGACACCGAGCUCUCGCGCGCCCUGUCCACCGUGCCGACCCACUACAGCAAGAGUGUUCCGGCCCAUCGCCAUGAGAUCAACUGCAUCCAGUUCAGCCACAACGGUCACCGCUUCGCCACCGGGUCCACCGACAACACGGUGUCCCUGUUCACGGAAUCGGCCUCCCCUGUGCGCGUGAUGCAAAGCUCGCGGUCGUUCAUUACCGACGUCAACUUCAGCAAGGACGACGAGUUUGUGAUUGCCUCCUCUACGGACAUGAUCGCGCGCAUCUGGCGCGCCGAUACCGGGCGCAUCUUCCACCAGCUGACCAGACACUCGGGCACCGUGUGCGCGGCCAAGUUUUCGAUGGACUCGCAGCGCGCCGUGACUGCCAGUGCCGACCGGUCCAUCCGCGUGUGGGACAUGCAGACCGGCUACUCGCAGGUGGUCAUCCUGGCCUACUCCAUGGUCAAUGAUGUGGUGCUGAUGGAUGACUCGGCGACGACCCUGCUGUCGGCCCAGAGUGACCACAGUUUCUCCUUCUGGGACACCCGGUCGCACCGCCAUGUCAACACCAUCCUCAAUGUGCACACGCAGAACAUCAGCGGUCUCUACAUUUCCCCGGACUACCAGUAUGUCCUGUCGGCCUCGCGCGACAACACCCUCAAGCUGAUCGACGUGCGGAAGCUCGCCUCGGUGGCCACCUUCAAGGCCCCGGACUACCGGUCCACCUCGUCCUACACCCGGCCCAUCCUCAGCCCGGAUGGCUCGAAGGCCGCCGCCCCGUCAGCCUCCGGCAAGGUCUUCGUCUGGGACGUGCUCAACUCCAACGAGCCGUGCAACAUCCUCUCGAUGCCGGACAGCAGCGAUCCGCUUUUCUCGAACGGCUGGAGCCCCCUCGGCAGCCAGAUCAUCGCCGGUUCGAAGUCCGGUCGCCUGCACAUUUGGCAUGCGUAAGUGCGCAUGUGAGCGCGUCUGUGUCCUGCAUGCGCCCUCUCCCCCCUUCCUUCCGCCCGACGAGGCUGCGCUCCCCCGUACAUAUCCCCUGCCGCAGUGGUGGGCACUGCCAGCACGGGGGCCGGGCGUUGCUGCUGUUGCUGUUGGCUUUUUCUCCUCCUCGGUCCCCCUCCCCUCCCGUCCCCCUCCAGCAUGUGGGGAGAAAUUGACGGAGGGCGCCACCGGGGGGAGGGGGCGCAGGGGGCGUGCAUGCAAAUACACCCACAUAAUCGCACAGAGCCCGCGAGACAUCCAAAAAAAAAAGCCACGCCC